AUAGAUCCUGUAGACAUUCAAAAAUUACAGGCAAAAUGAAAUUCCUUGCUGUAUUUGCUGCCCUUCUCGCUGUUGGCGCCGCAGCCCCGGUUGCCUGGACUCUACAAGAAAUCGAUGCUGCUCUUCAGAACCCUAACACUGACCCAGCCAUAAUUCCCUACCUUGAGGUUGCACUGGACAAGAUCAUGAGCGCUCUACACGAAGGAUUAACAGUUGAAUCUAUUGUCAUCCCCAUCCCCGUUGAUGUCGAGAAACCAGAGAUCCAACCUUCACCUGCUGCUGUUCCGGAAUUAAGACCUAUCUCCGCUCCACUGGUACAAGUCAUCGUUAACAUCAACAAUGAACAAAAGAUUGUCCCCGAAACCCCUGCCAUCAUUGAGGAGGUGGAGAAUCAACCAAUUGACAACAACCCAGCUCUGAUCCCAGAGGGCCCCAGUGGUCCAACUGACAUCAAUCCCAUAGAUGUAAUUGCUGUGAACCCUGAACACUAAGCAGCCAUGGGAUCUUUAACGCCUUAAUGAUAUUGUAAAAAUGACUUCGUAUUGUGGACAUAUUUUAAAUCAUGAGUAUACAAUUUUAAAAACAUGUAUUAAUUAAUUAAAAAUAACUUUUAAAACAA